UUGGCUGAUACAAAGAUGCGCUCACCUCUGAUUGGUCUAAAGUUUGUCUGGAGGCGCAGCAGCGGCGUCAGUGUGAUAAAUGAGGAGCCUCGGAACGCAGCGCCGUCAAACCCACUUCAGAAGACCUCAGCUGUCCGUCCGGACCCUCAGAGCUGUAGAACCGGAGCCAUGCUCGCUGCCUGUCUGGAGUUCCUCGGUCUGGCGCUGUGCGUCACCGGCUCCCUGCUGGUGAUGGUGGCCUGCGGGAUGCCCAUGUGGAAGGUGACCGCCUUCAUCGACACCAACAUCGUGGUGGCUCAGACCAUCUGGGACGGUCUGUGGAUGUCCUGCGUGGUGCAGAGCACCGGACAGAUGCAGUGCAAAGUCCACGACUCGAUUCUCGCCCUCUCUCAGGACCUACAGACGGCCCGAGCCCUCACGGUCAUCUCCGCCGUGCUGGGCGUCGUGGCGCUGACGGUGACGGUGGCCGGGGCGCAGUGCACCAACUGCAUCAAGGACGAGACGGUGAAGGCGCGGGUGGUGCACGCCGGAGGGGUCAUCUACAUCAUCAGCGGGCUCUUCGUGCUGGUGCCUCUCUGUUGGAUGGCCAACAACAUCAUCGUGGACUUCCACAACCCGCAGAUUCCUCCGUCCAAGAAGAGAGAGAUCGGAGCCUCCAUCUACAUCGGCUGGGCGGCCACCGCGCUGCUGCUGCUGGGCGGGACGCUGCUGUGCUGCUCCUUCUCCCAGGGGGUCCGGGGGUCCUACCCCAUCAAAUACGUCCCCACCAAGACGAUCACAGCCAACGGGGACUUCGACAAGAAGCAUUAUGUAUAAUGUGGAGGUCCACUUUGUUCCGGGGACGUUAGUUUGAGGACAUAUGUGGAUGGACGCUGUGCCGAGUGGAGUGGAGCUGUGAGGUGGAGCUCAGAUGACAUGAAACUCUCUGUGGAUGCACCUGUCAAAUAUGUGCUUCUCAACUGAAUGUAUGUUCAUAUUUGUCAGGCAGCAGGAGUUUAUUUAUGCUCCUAACCGGCUUUUACGCAUCACAGGGGCCACUUACACUGUCAAAAUGAACUUUAAAAAACAUUUUAAAUGCAUUUUUAAAAGAAACUAUUUACUGUCAUUUCAAAGAUUUUCCAUUGUUAUGUGAAAAUACAAAUUGUUUUUAGUAAAAUAACACAAAAUGAUUCAUGUAACAGCUGUCCACACCAAAAAUCUGUAUUUUUACAAAAAGUAAUUUGUUGUUUUAAAAAAGGUGACUGAAAAAAAUGAUUUUACUCUAUUUAAAGCAGCUCAAAAUAUCAUUGUUUCAAAAAUAUUUGAUAUUUUUCUUGUGUUAGUUUCUGAAUGUUACAGUAUGUAAUGGCAUAUUUUUCUGCCAGAUUUUCAUUUUUUUUACAGAAUUUUUUUUUGUUGUUGAGUCAAAACAGUGUAGAAAUUGGACAGAAGCUGCAGUUUGUUGCCAGCAGGAUUUUAUCAGGAGGUUGUACUGGUGUUAUUGUGCAGGUUGAGGCUCUGAGAGCUGCGUAGCUUCUUUGUAAAUAGUUUUUUCCCCUCUCUCUCCCAGCGGACUCAUUGUGAAGCUUGUUUGAUUGUUUCCCACAGUGAACAUGCAGCAGGCAGUGAAGCCUUUUCACACUGAUGUGCACUCAUGUUGUGAUCAAAGAAGGGAAUUUGCAUUUGAAUACAUGUACAGUGUUUUGUACUUUCUGUCAUGUUUUUCUACUCUUUUAAUACUUUUUCUAAUAAAGAAGGAAGAAACAAG